UGACAGCUGAUGCUUUUCGUAUCGCUUGACGUUUAGUCAGAACAUGUCAUUUUGCACAUUUCAUUUCGACAAAUGGCAGACUUCUUUUUCGGUUUUGAUACGUCGCUUGCAAAUAGCAGUUUAGAAGAUGGUUUGGAUUGUCCUUUCGAGGAUGAUCUUGGGGAAGAGGAAGAGUACGAUGCUUUGAACGAUGAAACCUUUGGUUCUGAAGCCACUAUCGGCGAUUGGGAGAAGGACCAUGAGAAACUUGCAGAGAUUACCGAAUCCAGUCGACGGCCUUAUCAUCGAAAUACUUUAGGCAGAAAAAAUGGAGUUAAUACAGAUAUCGAAGAUAAUUUAUCCCACUUGGUGUUAGAUGAGAAGGAAGGUAUUGUGCCACGUCCUGGAGUAUGGGAUAGUCCCUCUAACUUAUCCCCUCCCAAGCUUCAACCACCUUUAAAUCUACCAACAACUUUAACGAACGUAUGCACCGUCGAGGAAUUGGAAAGAGGUCUGAUUGCGAAUAGACCACCACCUCCAGGAUUCAAUAAACCUGCUCAAACGCAACAGCAAUUACAACGUCCACAACAACACCACCUGCACCAGCAGCAACAGAAACCCGAUGGAUCGCUUCUUUUCGAUUCCUUGUCCGCCCCACCACGCUAUCCGCCAGGGCUGGGUAUGCCACCUCCGCAUCCUGUUAUUUUACCACCAAACUUGAGAUUCCGACAUCCUCAAUUUCUACAACAUCCUAGAUUAUUACCCAAUCAAACUGGAAAUGUUUUGAGAUAUCCUGUAGCGACGCAUUUGAUGCUACCGCACGCUGCGCAGAGACAGCCAAUUCACGGUUCGUUUUGCAAUAAUUUUCCUCAACCUCCGCAUUCGAAUUUAUGUCCUCCACCGUUUGUACGAGCAGACCAUGGCAUGAUGCCUCCUUUUUCUAGCAAUCAAACUGCUCAUCAGCAGCAGCAGCAGCAACAACAACAACAACAACAACAACAACAUUCGUUUACCCAUCUUGGAAAUCAAAGAAACCAAAGUAGGGCUUUUCAUCAUGGGGAGCAACAAGGAAAUCACCAACCAUUUUUUAAAAACAAUCAACAUCAUCGUAACCAUGAUCGAAUUAAUCAGCGACACUAUCAUUAUAAUCACCACUGUCAAGGAAUAAAUGGGGUGACCGGUUCAGGAGAAUAUGACGAAUACGCCGGUCUCAUGAGCAGCCGGGAAAAACAGUGGUUGAUUAAUAUUCAAUUACUGCAACUUAAUACAAACGAGCCGUACGUUGACGAUUAUUAUUACAUCGUGUUUUGCGAUAGAAGAAACAAGCAAAGUAUAAAUCAAGAGCAGAAAGAUAAGAAGCAGCAGAACAACAACAAUAAUAAUAGCUAUCACAGAGAUUCUAGAGAUCGAGAACAACCACACCAUGUUCCUUCGAGGUCCAUAUACACACCGACGCAAUUUGAAAAUUCUUUAGGAAAAUUACAGUUUGCCAGUGUGAUCGCACCACGCAAGGUCAUCGAUAUGGAUGUUGUACCAAACAGUGAUCCCCAAUUAGCUACGCAAAUACAACAAAAAGAUACGAAACGAACAAGACAGUUGUUACUUGAAAUUGAAAGGUUAUAUAUAAUCCAGUUAAAAGUUGAAGAUCUGCACAAUCCUUUGGCUCUGCUUAGCGAACAGCAGCAACAGCAACAGCAACAACAAAAUCAGGAAGAGGAGAACGAUGCGAAUAAUGUUAAGAAAACUAGCCCGAAUUUAAUAAACACGAUGUUAUCGACUCUUCUUCAGUUAAUGCAGGAUGAUAAGUUUGCAAGCAUGCUAAGUAUCCGUAAAGGAAAGACGCUGUUGUUGAGGUUCUUGCCAUACUUGAACGUAACGGAACAUCCUGAUCAAUUAGAAGAACUAUGGAAUGCGAUAUUCCGAGGAUUAGCUAUAAUAGGACGUAGGGAUUCUCACCUGUUGAUAAACCUACAUUCGGAAUUUCAACGUUGGUUCAGUACCGUUCAAAACUUUGGUACGAUACUUCGACUAGCUCGAUCACUCUCCGACACCGCAAGUCAACCAAUCAAGAACAACAGUUUAGCGUUCGCUCUGACAAACAAGGUUCGUGUGUCUGUAAUUGCCUCAAUGUUUCAACAAGCAGAAAAGUUAUAUCCUGCGGACGAUUCUUUGUCUUCGGAAUGGUCAUCUUUCAUAGCGAACAUCAUCGAAAUAAUUGGUGAAAAUCCACCCUGUGUCGCGCCUUGUCAACCGAUUGCUGCAAAUACGCUCAAUCAGCAUUUCAAUCGACUGUCUCGUUUAAAAUGCGGGAGGUACACAACUCUGGAACUUUUACUAACCGAUGCCAAUCCUUCUCGAUAGUCGAACGUCGUUAGAUGUUUUCCACAUUUCAUUAAAACCUGCUUUUUAUUACGAUUCAACGACAAAUUAUGCUGAAGCAGAUUUCCAGAUAUUUUAAUAAUGCUACUACAUCUUUAAGGUUAAUCAAACACUUUUUCCA